CAGAAACCCGUGCAGGAGUGCGUUUGCGCUUGGUCACAAUCAGCGUCUCUAUGCAGGGAUUAUAUCAAAUGACUACGCGUCAUAGAUCGCGGUCCAGACAAGCUUCGCGACCGUAUUUCAAUGUGCUUGGCCCCUCGUGUUUGGAUCUGGGGAUACGCGGGCCGCGGGGUAUGGCAUCGUGCUAGCCGGGGGCGGAUGGUGCUCAACUCCGAGGUCUGUCGUUGUGGAAUGUGGAGGUCCGCUGGGCUCGUACAUGUCGUACAUUGAGGCUUCUACACGUGGUGGACUACUUAGUAUUCCACGUUGACGGAGAUCCCCAGCUACUUAUUCUGCUCUAUAUAGUGUCACUGCAGGUGUUACAUAUUCUUCGCAGUGCCUUGUCAAAGCAACGAAGAUUCGACAGGUCAGGAGAAAAGUGAAUGAACAUCUAACCCAAAAUGAGCACCACCACCACACAAACUCCAACCAAGAUGGUUGUUUCUCAAGCCUCUGGAAUUCCACGCGUGCAGCAGCCUCUCGGCAAGCCUUCACCCUACAUCAUUCCCGCAUAUGAAGGCGAGACUAUCACAAUACCUGGCACCAAAUCGACAGUCCGCAUCCUAGCCUCCGCAAAGGAGACAGAGGGCCUGAUCUCCGUCUUCGGGAUGGAUGGCGCUGUUGCCGAUCCCCCCGGCUUCCACUACCACAACCUCGCGCACGAUGUGUUCAUGUGCACAAAGGGACACCUGAAGGUCUGGGCAGGCAACGACUGCAAAAUCCUCGGGCCCGGCGACUUCUGCUACGUCCCACCCACAAUCGUGCACCAGCCCCAACUCCUCGACGAUGGCAUCAACGAAACCAUCGGCCUCGUUACCCCUGGCCAGUGGGUAGACUUCUUCCGCUUCGUCGCCGAGCCCUACGACGGCGUCGUCGUCAACGAACACGACACCCGCAACCCGCGCGACACCUUCGGCCCCAAGAUGCGCGAAAUCAAGGAGAACCACGACGUCGUCUUCCAGCACGGCUUCACCGGCGGCUCUCUCUCCGCCUGGGGCCCCGAGAACUCCGUCCUGCCCCCGACCCCCGGCGUCCCGUACUACCUCAAGGCCAACACCGGCCCGUGCCACCUGCUCGAAGGCGUGCUCAGCCGCCCUUUCAUCACGACCACGCAGUCGCGCGCGCCCACCGGAAACUUCGCAAUCACCAGCAUCGAAUCUAGUAACCGGCUGCCCAACACCGUGCUCAGCAGGCCGUUUGCGUUUGACAAGACGCACCAGGUGUACUGCGUGCUAGACGGCGCAAUUAGCGUUACUGUGGACGGGAGUGCGCAGCUGGUGCGUGCGGGCGAGACGGUGUUUGUGCCGGCGGGCACCCAGAUUGCGGUCGCGUUUGUGGAUCGCUAUGUGAGGUUCUGGGCGUAUUCGAGCGGGGAUGGGCUGGAGGCGCUUAUUUCGGAGGCUGGGGGGCCGUUUGAGGGCACGAUUGUGCCGGAUGAGAGUCGCGAUGUGGAUGUGGAGGGUGUGAGGAGAGCGGCGGAGAAGUAUAGUGUGAGGCUUUCGAUUUAGACUGUUAGACCAGGGGUUUGUAGAUUGUUAGUUCAGUGUGCUGUAUAAGCGCCUAUGUGAAUAAUGAGUUUGGUAGUCGCAGUGUGUGUAUUCAUCUAUUGGUUCUCUAUCGUUAGGGUAGAAGACGGACCUCUCAACAUUUUGCCUCUUGUUAGCAUCGUUACUUGUUAGAUUAUUCCAAUGUACGAUAGUCUACAGAAACCCGUUGAGGAACUCUUUCAUGGAGAAAAGGUCGCCUUUCUCAUUCUGAUAUGAUGGAAUCUACACAUGGUGAUAUCAACCACGAGCCAUUUGAUGAGUGGGCGGUUCGGAGGGAUUGUGUUAGGGAUGAUGUUCUUUAUUCAAAGCACAUCUGUUGCGGAUAGAUCUCAGCUAGUGUGAUUUGAGAACGGAAAGCUGACCGACAUAUGGGUCUUUUGGGAAGUUGUCGC